AUGCAGCAAUACUUCUCAGCCAGUACUACCCCACUCGGCAGCCCCCAUUACGCUCAUAACGACCCAUGGGCUCAUGCUCUGAUAUGCUGCGAUCAAGAUCAUGGUGCAUCCAGCUCGAAUACGAUGAACAAUCAAUUGCCACCACCACAGCAACACCACAGUCAAAUCCUGUAUGAGACAUCUCUGAAUGAUGGUCCUUCCGCUCCACCGCAAGCUAGGCGAUGUAUCGAAUGUUCGGCUGAAUGUCCUCUCGAGGCAUACUGUUGCGGAGGGGAUUACUGCUGUGAUGGUUCACACUCACACAGCUGCAACCAAUCAGAAGAGAGUAUCUGUGGAGAUCCAAAGUGUGAAGAAACGAUGAAAGAGCCAUGCCAUGAAGAACAUCCUUUCCACCCUCAGGGUCAGUGCGGUGAUACUCAUAGUCAUCAUCCCGAUCCCGAUCACAUCCAUACUCCCAAUCAACAAGAUAACAUCGGGGAUAUGAAGAGUCUAGAAGAGUGGGCAGAUACGAAAGAAGGCUGUCACGCCAUACAGCAACUGUUGGAGUGCUGUAAUCAACCUGAUUGUAACAUACCAGUCUGUCCGACAGACAAUAAAGCGGUCCAUCCACCUCCGCCUGAUCCUCUCGCUGCGAUAUUCGGCUCGAUGGUUGCUCAACCGAUCGAACCUUCCAAUAUAAACGAUUCUGGGCCUUCUUCCGAAAUGGAAGGCAUUACUCACACAUGUCAUUGGGGCAAUUGCCACCUCAUCUUCAAGUCGAUGCCUGAUCUCCUGGCUCAUGUCGCUGCUGAUCAUCUGAGCGCAUGGGGCUCUGGGACUGGUGCUAAAUCAACUGAUCCUGCACCUCCGACUGUGCCGCCACCCCAGAUGACCAAUGUCAUUGGCGCAACCUCGAACUUCAUGUCUACCUCGACUUCGACUCCGCCAAUGCAACUAGCUAACACAGGCAAUAUGGGUCUCAACUCGGCUUUCACCACGCCUCAGGCGACUGAGACCGAUCAGCUCCUGUCGUGUCUGUGGGACGAUUGUUUUCCAAUGGCUGAUAUGCCUUCGUCUUCUGUAUCUGGAACCUUUCCCCAGGACGCAACCCAAAUUCAAACUCAGCAGAUCCCGCAUACUCAUGUGCAUCAGGCUCAUAGCCAUCCUCACGAACAUGCUCACCCUACAGGCGAGCCAUUCAGCCCAGGUACGAUGCUCCGACAUGUCCUUGAAGAACAUCUUGGUGUACCUGGGUCCAUCAUCGGUUGGCCAAACGACAAUAACAAUGGUCAAAAUGGCAAUCAAACGCAUCUGGAUAAAAACCAUCACCACCAUCAUGUUGAUUCCCAUCAUUUGGCACAUCAUCAUGCUGCGAUGCACCAUCAUCACUCUCACUCUCACAACCAUAGUCAUAGCCACAGUCACCCACUCCCUACGCCACCUUCGACCGUAAAUACGCAGUUGUCAACUUCGCCCGUUUCCAUACCUUCUUCGACCUCGAAAAUCACUUCUGGUACUGCUACCAACCCAAGUGGCAAUCCCCUGAUCUGCCUAUGGCCCGGCUGUCCCGUCGAUCACGUUUUCAGCGACUCGGCAAGUCUGAUGGAUCACCUAUCCGAAGUUCAUAUCCCCAAAGGCAAAGAUUCGUAUAUCUGUCAUUGGGACAAUUGCGGUGAUGGUCAAGGAAGAGUAUUCAAAUCUCGGCAAAAAGUCUUGAGACACCUGCAGUCGCAUACGGGCCAUAAACCUUUUGUAUGUGGGGUAUGCGAUCAGGCCUUCUCGGAGGCUGCGCCUUUGUCGGCCCAUAUGAGACGACAUGCUCAACAAAAACCAUUCAAGUGCGAGUAUCCAGGGUGCGGUAAGACUUUCGCUGUCUCUUCUUCGUUGACUAUUCAUAUGCGAACGCAUAAUGGAGAAAAGCCAUACAUUUGUCCUCAUUGUGGUCGAGGUUUUGUCGAAGCUUCGAAUCUGACCAAACACAUUCGUACCCAUACCGGUGAAAGACCAUUCGCAUGUGCUCAUCCAAAUUGCGGCAAGAAGUUCUCCCGACCCGAUCAGUUGAAAAGACACAUGUUGGUACAUGAUAGAGAUAAGACGAAUGGUAAUCAACCAGGACAAGGUCAUGCGAGACGAAGAUCUUCGGUACAGACUUCAUUAUCUGAUGAGACUGGAUCGUCCAAUGUUGUCAAUGGUCAAAAUGCCAUCAUGGGUAGAGCGUGA